AUGCGGAGAGCGCGGGCGGCCGACCUGCGCCGGGGGGGGCCGCCCCCGUACAUCCCCCCCCCCGCCUACGACGCUCCGCACCGCACCCUGCAGCUCGCCCCCCCCCCAGAGGCCGCGCAGCCCCCUCCCCAAACCCCCCGCGGCCGCGGCUCCGUGCCGGGGGGCUGCAGCCACACGUUGCCCCCGAGCCGCCACCGAGGGGGGGGUCCGAUGGCCCACGUGGGAUGCAGCCCCCCCCCGGCAGUAUCGGGACCCCCCCUGCACUGCCAGACCCUUCCCCGCACCGCGGCCCCCCGGCACAGACCCGUAGGGCGCGGCGGGGGGCGGCGGGGGCCGGGGGGGCACGUCCUCAUCGACGCCACGCGGGUGGUGGUCCGGGCUCAGUACGUGCCCCCCCCGCAGCGCCAUCAGGUGCGUUACGUCGGAGGGGUCUCCGUGCCCGCCACCCCCCCCGGGACCCCGCACGGAGCCCCCGCCUCCCCACCGGCUCUUUCACCCCCUCGUGGCUCCAAGCGGAGCCCGGGGAAGGGGGGGGGGUCCCGGGGUCGGCCCCCCCCGCGGCGGCCGGCGCUCUACAAGCCAGGCGUUGAGGGACGCGGUGUCCCGAAUCCGACGGCACACGGCGCCCGAUUCCGACUCCGAUGCCGAGGGGGGGUCGGGGGGGGGCGGCAGCGGUCGUGCCGCGAUGUCAGCGCCUACAGCAGCAGCAGCAGCAUGGAGAGCCUGGAGGGCCCCCCCCCCGGGGACGGCCAGCCCCAUCCGGGC